AUGGUGGUACCUGACGCCGCUCCGGGAGCCCGUUCCCUCGGACCAGGCGUGUGUCGAUCUUGUGGCGCAAAUCCUGGCCCUGUGCAGGGGCGGCUUGGCAGACACCUUCUCGGGUGGGAAGCUGGCGAAUCAGUGCGACUACCUACAAGCGCAGCAUCUGCAGUUCACCCCAGCCGGAAGGCUUCAGAUUCUGACCUGAAGCUCGUCGUACUUGAUUCAGUAAACGGGAUUUUUUCGUCUGAUCUCCAGUUGAACACCAGAGCUAGUGCCGAUGAAACUCGGUUCCGGGUUUGCUUUGUUGGCGUUCUUGUAGCGAUCAACGACGAGGAACACUAAAACAAGAAUUUGGCUCUAAACAGCACAAAAAUGCAGUACGUAGUCGCAACCGCAGUUGCCGACUUUGUUCAGCGAGUACCUUAGUACUUGACAGCCUG